AUGUGCUACAUCGACUUCUAUGAACGUACAAAAAUACACAAUCCACUGAUCAUAGUCGGAGCCUUACUUAUUCUUGCAAGCAUUUUUAUGAUUACGUUAGGCAUCGCGCGCGAGCGCGAGGAUGUCUGGGUUGCUGGCAUUCUCGUUGCGAUUGCCGGCACCCCAGUUUUCAUGUUUGGACUCUUCAUCUUUUGCUACCUCAAUCGCCCAGGUAGGAUCCCUGGCCUUGAACGGGACUUCUCCGUCAGCAAAUUCUCGGUGCCAACAGUCGCGGACUUCCCUCCUACUAACCAAUUCUUCUAUCCAAUUAAGGGCUACACCUUGGGAAGCAGAAUUUACAGACCUUUAUACGCACCCUCCUCCUCUGUUCGAAUUCAUCAACAAACCCGAAUGCAACCGCAAAUGUAA